UCAGAAAAAGUCUAUGAAGGCUCAAUAUAUGUGUUGAAAUUACAGGGUUAUGUUUUAGGUAUUGAGGGAGGAAAUUGAGAGAAUAGAAACUUCAGAUGAUAUUUUAUUGUGUAUUAUCAAUUUGUGAUGUGUUGCAGUGUGAUACAAAACAUAAAGCACUAAUCUUCAUAAUCCUAACUAAAUAAAGAAACAAUUCACAUUUUUUUCAAGAAAUAUCAAAGAUAGUGUUGGAUAUUUUUCAUGUAGAAAUGUGUUGGCUACCUUUGAAUGUUGUCAACUUAACCACUCUGUAGGCCAGUGUUAUUAAUGGAGCUUAACUCUCCUGCUAAACGCAACCCCCAUUGGUAGUAACGAGUGUAGAUUUCUUUCUAACAAAACCGCUGAUAUAUGAUGUUAUUAUUAAUCAUGUUUAGACAAGGGUCCUCAGUUUUCAUUAGAUACUCUGGUCUCACUCUCAGUCAUUAAGAGAGCUAAGAGUCUUCUCAAAUUUUAACACAAAAAACAUUGUGGAACUGAACACAACAUCUUUGCAUCAGUCUUCAGGUUAGAACAUUCAUACAUACUUGAUGAGAUAAUACAAGUGUAGUGAAUUGCCCCUGUGUGUUGAUUAAGAGUUUUUAUUUUUUUACUUCCCAAAAUUAUGAUUAGUCUGUUUUUUACUGUUAAAGCCAAGAGAUACUGGUUACAACCAUAACAAAACUACAAAGGAAUCGAGUCUCUGACCCAUAAUUUAUUGAGAAUUAAAUAUAUUAUUUGCUUGAAGUUAUUUUGAUUGUUUGCUGGAUUAACUUGGUAGUCAAAUUAACGAGUUUGACUUUAACGGUUUAUGUAGCAAAAAACUAAUUAGUUUGAAUAGUAUGUUUCAUGCCUAGUAAUGAUUAAAGUAAAAUUUAAUAAUUUGACAAGUUAAUUUGGAGUUGCACGUGUAUUUUUUUUUUUAAAUUGGGAAUAUCUCCAACCUGACAUCUGCGUGGGAAGGUAAUUUACAAAUCUAUGUAUUAUAUGUAAAAUACAGAAUAGGUACUCAAUACUCAUACCCCAAAGAUGCACAUCUAUGUGGGAUGGUAAUUUACAAAUCUAUGUAAUUCUCCAAGUUGUGCAAACGAGGUGUCACAUACACUAUAUACACAUGCCAUGCAUGUCUAACAAAUUGACACUUCACCACCUUGUCAUGAAAAAUCUACUAGUCGGCAAGUGUUUUCAUUUUAAAAAAGCAACGACCUUUUUCUCUCUUUCUCUUGGCCAUGACAUGAACCACUAUUAAUCUCCUCCCUGUCUAUAAAUAUGAUAACCAUGCUCCAUCGAAUUCUCCCCUUUUCACCGUCAACCUUGAAGUUUGAAAACAAUUCCAAAAGAAAUAUUAUUAAACUAGGAGUACUUUCUUUGUGUUGUUAGUGACACUGCAUGUGCUUGGGAAUAUCUUAGUUUGGCUUCAUAUGCUAGUUACCCAUCACCCACUUAUCAUACCCCGAGUGUGAUACCCUACCCUUUCUUUUCUUUGUAACUGUUUUCUAAACUUGUUAACCAACUUCAUCUCUUAUAUUUUUAAGCCCUUUUUUCUCCAAAAAAUCAAAAUUCUAAGUUGAUUUCUCAUCUCAAUUCAAAGAGCAAAUGGGUGAGGAAGCAAAACAAGAAUCACCAAAGGCUGAGUCUAAGCCAGAGGAAAAUCCAGAAGAGAAGAAAGAGCCUAAACCACAAUCUCCGUGUGUGUUGUUUGUUGACUUACAUUGCAAAGGAUGUGCCAAGAAAAUUAAAAAAUCUAUUAUGAAAAUGAGAGGAGUUCGGGGAGUGGUGAUUGAUAUGGCUGAAAAUGAAGUGACCAUAAAGGGAAUAGUGGAGCCUCAAGCAAUCUGCAACAUAAUUUCAAAGAAAACAAAGAAAAGAGCCCAAGUUAUAUCUCCACUGCCAGAAGCAGCAGAAGGAGAACCUAUACCAGAAGCUGUUACUUCUCAGGCUAGUGAACCAGUUACUGUAGAACUUAAGAUAAGUAUGCAUUGUGAGGCUUGUGCUAAUAAGCAGCUCAAGAGGAAGAUACUCAAAAUGAGAGGAAUUAAUGAAACAUUGGGCUUAAUCCGGAUUUUGGUUGUGGACUUGAAGAGGGCAAAUAAAGCAUCGCUUACCUUAGUUAAUUUCUAAUUAGGAAAUUUCGCAAUUUUAUUAUAUGUUGUUCAG